AAUAAAAACUUAGCGAGAACUACACCUGUUGACUUCAACUUUCCACAACUAGUAAAGAAACCUAAAAGUGGUAAUAUUGUCUAUAUGUCUAUAGUUAAUCAUGAGCAUAUAUAGAUAUUGCAUCUUUUAAUCAACGCUUUCAGUACUUGUAUUCCGUCAUGUCAAAAGAAGAUCAACCUAACGAUCUUGACUUGAUCUUGGGGAAAUUAGAGGAACUUACAGUAGACACAUCAAAAACCACUAUCAAUAACCAUAAAACAGAGGCAAGUCAUCUAGAUAUCUGUAUUAGCUAAUGAUUGAAUUAGAUUCUUGACUUACAAAAGAAUGUCUUGAAUGUAAGAAUAACCCAUAGACCUAUCUAAACUGAUACUCUUUAGAUUCUAGUUGAGUCAGAAUUAAGGGCAGCUCGAUUUGAAUCAAGAUAUAAGGCAACUGCUAUACCAGAUCUUAUUGAAACAGUACCACCAUUGACAGAUGAAGAGAAUAAGAUGGUAGACAGACUGUUUAAAAAGGGUCAAUCAGGCCAAGUGUCUGAAUUCAAGAAUGCCAUUGUUAGUUACAGAGAUAUCUAUCGACUCUAUCCAGAGACAUGGCUGAAUGACGAGAUUGUCAAUUUUUAUUUUGAAUUGAUUUCAGACCGUGCAUCCAAAGCAGACAAUUUGCCUCAAAUUCAUUGUUUUAAUACCUUUUUUUGUUCUACUUUACGAGAUCAAGGCUAUAACAAAGUUAGAAGAUGGACAAAAAGAGUAGAUAUAUUCUCAAAAGAUUUAGUAUUAGUGCCGAUUAACCAAUCCUAUCAUUGGGUCUUGGGCGUUAUGGACAUGAAGCAUAAAAAAGUAACUGUGUAUGAUUCUUUGCACGGUAAUCAUGAUAACACAUUGGAAUUGUUUCUGGACUAUUUGGAAAAAGAACAUUUAGACAAGAAAAAGACUCCAAUCGACACAUCAGACUGGAAAAAAGAAACACCUAAAGAUAUACCGCGUCAAGAAAAUAUGUCAGACUGUGGUGCAUUUACAUGUACAUUUGCAGAGAGACUAUCAAGACAACAACCCUUUGGUUUUUCGCAGAGUGACAUGGUUACUAUUCGAAGACGUAUUGCCUUAAAUAUUCUAAAUAAAGCUAUCUAGUGCUCCACUGAUAGAAUGUCAAUCUUCCAUAAAAAGCC